AUGGGCGAUCUUUCUGUUAGUUCCUGGGGUCCUGGUUUCAUGGGAUCGGCUAAUCAGCUCGACGGUACAUCUGGCUGUUCCCUCGCUUAUUUGGCCCUCACUGCCACUCCAUCGCCAUCAUCUUCUAGCCUUGUAACUCCAAAUAACCAAUCUGGGUCGUUUUUUAACGACGCCAGGCUCAGAAUUCCUACUACUGCUCCCCAUUCGACCUUAACGACAGAAGGACAAACGAUAAGCAGCAGCGUUGUCACUGAUUGUCUUACUACUUCCGGUACUACCCUCGGCCCCAGCCUUGGUCAUGACUUUUCUCAACAACAUGCUCUUCUCUCCUCCAGCCAAUUCACAGGUCCUGCUGCCGCUGAUGCAAUGUUCCGAUGUGGUGACUGCUCCGUUAUCGGCGAUUCUUCCGGUAAUCUUCCAUCAUCAUCAGUUAGCCAGCAGCUGCCGGCGACAACGUCAAUGCUUUUACUCAACUUAGGGACUUUCAAAGCUGGGCUUCAUUGCGCUGGUUAUACUGACUCUGCAAUAGAGGAGAUUGUUUCUGCUAUGGGGGUCCUUGGCUCCUACGGGCUGAUAAAUUCAUCUACACUCUGUCAGUUAGCUCCAGCGGCUGCAAGUAUUGCUCUCUCAGCUGGGCUAAACUGUUCUUCCUCCUCCACUGGCACUUAUAAGACUCACACUCUUUCUUCACUGCUUCAAACUCCAUCUCCACAAUCUGGCCUCCUGCCCGCCAAUUCUGUGACGAUGACUUCUGGUUGGGCCAACUUGAAACCGGCUUCUUCAAAUUACGAUUCCUCUUUCCUGGAAAAUGGAAGUGGUCCGGUUUGUUAUCUACCCCUCCUGCCGACUACAUCUCAUGCCGGAAUUUCUGCGCCGCCUCCCACCAUUGCCCCUUCUCUUUUUACGCCAUCGACAAUGACGACUACUGCAGUUGAGGCUUCGGUGACUUCGACCCACAAUACUGGAGACACUAUUAAUAUUAAUACUAAUCAGGCCAACAAUAGCAGUUGCAGCGCCGUCAUCAACUGCUCAACUCAGCCUCUUGGGCUUGACGACCUCCCUUAUGAAAUAGCUCAGUUGCGCAUAGUUGGCAGCUCUGAGGCUUUAGAAUCCAAUCGAUUAUAUGGUGAUGUAGGCCAAGUGACCCCAGGCUGCUCUGGUUCGGCUAACUGUCUAUCAUGGCCAUGUGGGGCUUCUGCCUGCGGGCCAGAUAAUCAAGGGCCGCCUGUCCCCUUUUCUCCAGCUCACUUUAUGCAGACUCAAGCUCAACAUCAACGCCAACUGAGUGGUGGCAGUGAUUCGAGACUGGCUUGCUCUAUAAGUCCGGUCUGGCCCAGUUUAGUCCGUCUUGCCCACCAUAGUGGGCCCUGUCUGCCCACUUAUCAACAAAACUUUGCCUACCCUUCGCCUCCAGUGCCUACAACAUUGCAUGGAUCUCUGCUUUCUUCUGGAGAUCAAUCUUCAUGUCAUCCUACGGCAACUAUGGCAGCGACAGCAGUGGCAAUCCCUGCCACUACAGGCUGCUACGCAAGCCAAACUUCAGCACCAAACUGUUCUCUCUACACUCAGGUUGGUUAA